ACGCUUUCUCGCUCGUCUAAUCGUCUUCAACACGUCUACAAUCCGUCUUGUAGCCAACAUGUGAGUUUCUUACAAGUAGCGUCUCCCUCCUCAACUCACCCACCAUGCCCCAGAUUCGCGCCCUCCGCCAUGGCAAACCUCCCAGAGGGUCUUGCUCAGUUCGAAUAUCAGAAAAUGCAGCUCAUCGGAAGCCUCAGCGCUGUCGCUGAAACUAUGCGAACCUGUGCUAAUAUCGCGGAACAAUUCGCUCAGAUGGUCUCUCAGGUAUCUUACGCUCAAGGUGCCCCCACAAACGGUCAAUUCGCCGUUCCAGCCGUCCCCUUGCAUGCUGCACCCGGUCGUGGCAAGCGCAAAGCUGCUGACGAUACCGACGGACCCAAGGCGAAACGUGUCAAAAAACCCAGGGACCCUAAUGCACCCAAACGACCUGCCUCAUCAUACCUUCUAUUCCAAAACGAGGUCCGCCAGCAGCUGAAGGACAAGAAUCCCACUUUGCCAAACAAUGAGCUUCUCAGUCUGAUCGCAAAAAUGUGGAAAGAGAUGCCCAAGGAACAGAAGGAUACGUACGAAGCGCGACAAAAGAUGGCCAAGGAGGAGUGGAUAGUUAACAAAACUGCGUACCAGGCCAGUAUGGAUGCCCAGGAACAUACCCCCAGCGAAUCUCCCGUAGCAGAGAUACAACCUGCUCCUGUACCUGUACCUGUGUCUGUACCUGCGCCAGCGCAAGCCGCAUCGGACUCUUCAGAGGACAGCUCCUCGGAGGAAGAAGCAUCAGAUUCGGAUUCUGACAAUUCAGACAAGAUUGUCCGGCCAGCAAAAGGACGUACAGUGUCCAAGGUUCCCGCGCAGCAUCCAGAGAAAAAGGUCAAGAAGAAGGCAUAAGCGAGGUCCGUUGGGAUGAUGGAGGCACUCCGGUGUGAAUUCACUCCACGACACAUAUUCUGCGGCUGCUUUGACAUAAGCUACUGGAUAGGCAGUUGGCUUGUACUAUAGCCACGUAACCUGCCUUCGAACCGUACUUGUUUUUUUUUGUAAGAAAUGCAUAAAAGACCUUGCUGCG